ACAAUCGUGGCUAAACGUAGUGCCCCCCAAAGGCGACAACAGAUGUAGCGAGCUAUUUUGUAGUGCUCUGGUCCAAAUAAAAAUUGUAUUAUUUAAAUACAAAAAAAUACUUUGAAUGUUGGUCAAACAAGUAGCAAACUAAAUACAGAAAUUUGGUUUAAUUUAACUCUAAUGCAAAAUAGUGACUGCUAUGUAGAAAAUGGCAAAACGGCCAUUUUCUUUCAGAAUGAGUGUGUUGUCCCCUGGCGGUGUCGUUGGGGAUAGAGCUGAGGUUGAAAUUAUUGCGAAAACGGGCGUUCUGCUAUUCUUAAACUCGCGAGAAAAUGGCCGGCCAGGAAGACCCAGUGCAGAGGGAGAUUCAUCAAGACUGGGCAAAUCGAGAAUAUAUCGAAGUUAUUACGAGCAGCAUCAAGAAGAUUGCAGAUUUCCUCAAUUCUUUUGAUAUGUCCUGCCGUUCCCGCUUGGCGACUCUGAAUGAGAAAUUGACUGCGUUAGAAAGGAGAAUCGAGUACAUAGAGGCAAGGGUGACGAAAGGGGAGACGUUGACUUAAACCACCUCGGAUUGUCGGACAUGAUGUCACAGCUCUUCACAAGAAUGACCACCAGACUCUGUUAGCAUUUAAAUUUUUGAGUUAACCUUUUAACAACUGAGUUAAGAUUUUAAAUUGUUAUGUUACGUGUUUAUAUGGGACCACUAUGGAGUCUGUCACUAUUAUCUCUUAUGGUGCUCGAGUGUUUUAAGGCCCCAGGUUGUAUUGUGCAGAACCUACAGGUCUCAGAGGUCUGCAUUUCAAGGACACACUGUUCUUGGUGAAAAUUCUUAAAUUACAGAAAUGUAUAUCUACAAAUAUAUAGUUUUCAAAAGAUUUUACAAUGCAAUUUCACAUUUCUUCAAGUAUAAAAACCCCUUGUUGAAGGUGAUUAAUGUUACCUGACCAUUAGCUUGACUGAUUGCAAAAAAUGCUUGACAUUAGGCCUACUGCAAAAAAAACCAAAAAAAAAAACAUAUAUAUAUCAUUGGCUCCAUCUCCCCAACCUGCCUUUCUCUGUUCCACUGUCUGACAGAUUAAGUUUUUUUGGCCCCAUCUUUUUUUGAGGAUGUGUGUUUCCCAAAGCAGUAAGCUUGUAUUGAAUCAUGAAUGAGAAUUCCUUGUAUAAGACCGGCAAUAUAUACAUUUCUUUUUUCCAGUUGUGUUUUACAGUGUGUGUUGACUAUUUUGUGCAAUGCAAGUUUACAGGACAGAGAAAGGAGUCGCAAAGUGCCAAGUCCUCUCUCGCUACGGUGGUUUUAUUUUUCUCUGAAACCUUUUAUGUUCCUAUAUGUACAAUUGUAUGUGACAAUUGCUUUGUUUUAAAAUACAAUAAAUAUAAAGUAUAUUUAAAAA